AUGCCACAUGCUUCGACAACACACGCUGUCUGUCUGGUGACAGACCAGUUCACUCCUGUCGUGGCUAACUCUAGGGUACUGGUUCUCCUACGGAGGCUACAUAGACUGUCGGAGAAGCAAGAGAGGUCCUGGUCACAGAAAUUCUUCUACCUGACUCGACUUGUUCGCUUCUUUGCGAUAGGUGAGCUGUGGUCAUCGACGGCCGAUGAUCAUAUGCGAGACAAGUUCGUAGCGCUAGGUAGAGACAAGUGCGAGUAUAUUUACUUGCUGGCAAGAGCUGUGGGUGCGCGCAAUGUGGUUGAAGCUGGGACGAGUUUUGGCGUCUCAACGAUAUACCUCGCGCUAGCUGUGGGACAGAACGUGCUGCUUCAGCAGGAGAGGGCCGCGGAGUCUAGUGUGAUCACGGGAAAAGUUGUCGCGACGGAGAAGGAAUCCUCCAAAGCAGAGAGAGCCAAGGGGCACUGGAGGGAGGCCGGGGAGGAAGUGGAACCAUGGAUUGAAAUGCGAGAGGGAAACUUGCUCGAGACGUUGAAGGUUGAAGAAGGCAUGCCUAGGGAGAUUGAUUUGGUGCUCCUCGACAUCUGGACUCCUCUAGCACUCCCUACCCUCCAGCUUCUCCAGCCACGACUGAAGCAUGGUGCUAUUGUAAUCACGGACAAUCUGAGCAUGGCAAAGAUGUUGUAUAAAGAUUUCCUUGCGUACAUUCGAAACCCCGAGAACGGGUUCAAGACCCUGACAGUACCAUUCAGCGGAGGAUUGGAAUUAUCGGUGUAUUUACCGGAGCACUGA